AUGGCGUAUCCCCUUCACCUAUGGAUAGAUCAGGAGGGAAGCCGAAAAAUGCCUUCAUCAAACUUCACGUGUUUUCUAGUCCUGCAGCCGGGUGAUGUCGUGGGCUGCCUGUUCAACAAUCAUAAUGGACUGGUUUUCUGGACCGUCAACGGUGAACGCCUUGGUCAUGUUCUCCAACUGGAGCUGCGCGACAAUCAUCAGGAGGACGCCCACUGUGACGAGAACGGGCAGGUGGACGACGCUCCAACCGCCUACAACGACGAUAUUAUCUACCUGCCCUCGUCUGUGCUGGGUCUUUCACCGGCCAUCUCUCUACGGAAUACCUCUGUCGAACACGUGAAUGUCAUUCCCAUCAGCACUUACCAUCGCACCGCAGCUGGUCGUCUAAACGGUCAACCUCUGUCCGCCCUCGUGCCGAGCACUGGUUCUUCACUACCUCCACGUCACCACUCCAAUCUCGAGAGAGGAGCUUUCCACGCCUCCGUCAGUAGGUUUACAGGUGGUCUGUCUGCUGGCCGUGGUCAUUCAGCCUUGCAGUCCCUGCGAAAGUCAAUAUCCUCCGUCUCCGCGCCCGCAACUUCUGGGGUGCGCUGCAUGGCAAAGUUUUCGCUUUUUUGUUUCAUUCUUUUAUUGUAA